AUGUGGCUUAACAAAUACUCAGCACAUCUGAUGGACCAAUUGUUUGACGACUUGAUAAAAGAAUUGAAAUACAUAGCGCCUGGAGCACGAUUAUCCUACUCGAUUCGAAAUCGUCUGGAGCAUCACAAAAAAUUUAUACGGAAAGAAAUAGUUAGUCGUAUAAAGGAUGAUUGUGCCCCAUUAUUUAUUGCCUGCAAAAGAGGUCACGUGGAGAUUGUUGAAUACCUGAUAACAGUGUGCAACGCAGACAUUGAACAACGUGGGAUGUAUGAAGUACCUGAUGAUAGAUCUGUUCACUAUGUGACACCUCUAUGGUGUGCUGCCGUUGCUGGUAAACUGCCUGUCCUGAAGUGUCUUGUGUCCCAUGGAGCCGACGUCAAUGCUAUGUCUGAUACCGGAUCGACACCCGUCAGAUCAGCAUGUUUUAUGACACACUUAGAUAUCGUUGAAUAUUUAGUUGAAAAUGGUGCUGAUAUACUACUAGCUAAUUAUAAUGGUGGUACAUGUUUGAUAAAUUCUGUUCAAAGUGUUGAAUUGUGUACAUUUUUAUUGAGAAAUGGUGCUGAUGUAAAUGCACGAGAUAUCCAAAAUAAGACUGCCUUACAUUAUGCAAUACAAGAGCAUAGAUUUGAUACAACAAAAUUACUUUUAGCGUACAAUGCCGAUCCACAUUUGAGAUCAAGAUAUAAUGAUGAUGCAUUACAAACAGCCUGUCUCAAGGAGGCUACGCAAAUAUUUGAUUAUUUAAUUGAAAAUGUUAAUUAUUCAGCAGAAAGUCUAGCAAAUGCUCAUGAAUUAAUGGGUUCAACAUUUUUCGAUGAACACAACGAUGCACAGACAGCAUUAAAGUACUGGCGUAAAGCAAUGGCGAUAAGAAAUGCUAAUCUAGUCGAUAAUCAACCGCUGCCGAAGAAACCACAGAUGCCAAAGAGAGAUUGUUUUAGAAAUAUCAUUGAGUUUUCUACCCUAGAUGAACUUAACACUAUCGCUUAUGAUCUAGACGCAAUACGGAUACAGAGUUUACUUAUUUGCGAACGGAUCCUCGGAGAACACCACAAGGACACACUUUAUAGACUGAUGUUCCGGGGUGCAGCUUACGCUGACGCUUUACGAUAUCAAUAUUGUAUUGAUUUAUGGCGCCGUGCGUUAGAAAUUCGUGUUAAAAAUGAUUCCAUACUUUAUACAGAUACGUGUUUCACUGCACAAGCUAUUGUCAGGAUUAUGAUUGAUCUAAAUGAAUCAAUUGAUCAGAAUGGUGAUAAAGAAGGUCCAAAAUAUUCAGAUAUUGUUGGAGUUUUCAAAUUACUUUCUUGCCAAAUUGCUGAAGCAAGACAAUGGCUGCAGCAACGUCCUAUUCAUAAAAAACAACAAGACAAUUACGAUCGUAUAUUAAAAUGUAUAACUCAUUUAAUAUACUUACUAAUAAAAACCGCGCAAACUGAAGAACAAAAGGUAGAAGUCCGUCAACUUGUGUAUAAAUUAGUUAAACAGAAUCCUCGAUCAACGUCUACUGGUGACACACUACUACACUUGUGUGUAUCAAGUUCAAAUACCAUUACGUCAAGUUACUUCAACUCUGAAGUCACCCAGAUAAUUUUUCCGGAAAUAGACGUGGUGACUCUGCUGCUCGAAUGUGGUGCUUACGUAAAUGCUAAAAACGAACUUCGCUCGACUCCGCUUCAUGUAGCAAGUAACGCUUACAAUUUUCAUAAUCCUUUGAUAAAAAUUUUGCUCGACUAUGGUGCGCACUUGGAUAUCCCGAAUCGCCUUGGCGACACUCCAGCGCGUUUGAUAUCCUCAAACCCUAAUAACAAUGUUAAUCUCGUUAAUUAUAUGACACUGUGCUGUUACGCAGCCCAGGCAAUUUUCAAAUACGGAAUUCCCCGAAAAGAUUUACCGCUGACGUUACACCAAUUCUUGGAAUUCCAUCGAGAAUAA